AAUUCCAUUUGUUGUUUUUAUUAUAAUUUCACUGGGAACAAAACAGACUGCACAAUGAAUUCCUUGGCCCGAGUUGGAAAUUUUGUCACUCAAUCCAUACAAUUUGCUGGAUGUGGUUUCCAACAAGUUCGUACCAAAUAUGCCGAUUGGAAAAUGAUUAAGGAUGUUAAGCGACGUAAAUGUGUAGUUGAAAAUGCCAAGGAUCGUUUGCGUGUUAAUGCUCUACGAAAAAAUGAUAUACUUCCUGCCGAAUUAAGAGAAGUGGCUGAUGCUGAAAUAGCGGCAUUUCCCAGAGAUUCUAGUUUAGUUCGUGUGCGCGAACGCUGUGCCCUUACGUCACGUCCCCGCGGUGUUGUACACAAAUACCGUUUAAGUCGUAUUGUUUGGCGUCAUUUGGCUGACUACAAUAAGCUUUCAGGCGUCCAAAGAGCUAUGUGGUAAAAAAGUAAAUCACCCACAACUUGUUUGUUAAAAUUGAUACAAUUUAUUUAAAAUAAAGUAGUAUAAAUGUAGAAGUUAAUAAAUUAUAGAAAAUCUAA